AUGAAGAGCUGGAUAAUCACUGUGGCAAACUCCUUACAAGAAUCCAUGGCCGUCUCUCCUGACUCCACGGUGUCUUCCCUUCUGGCAAGCUGCAGCAUUGACAGUGAUAAUUCGUACACAAGCAGCGUGAUUCACUACAAGGACAAGCUCUACAGCUCUGCAUCCGAGGCCCUGGAGGCAUAUAUUGAAGAUUUUGAUCUAAGCCUCACAUCUUCCGAAAUAAGCACUGGAAAAAUCUGUAUAAAUCAAAGCACUCCCAAGCACGCUCCUUUUCCAAAGCACCGCACCAAAAAUAGAUAUGUGACAUCUUCUACAACCGUGGAGGAGCACGGGGGACGUCCCGGAUGGGGUCCGAGGGCCGAGCGUGACCCGGACUCCGUCAGUGUCACCACAGAUGACCUGUUAACGUACCCACCUGAUGGAUCUCGGCCCUUUGUCCAGCGCAGUCCUUUUAAAUCAAGACAUCAAAAUUAUGAAUGGAAUAGACGAUCCCUAAAAAAGUCAACUUCCUGCCCUUACCAAACCUCACCCUUUGAUACCAAAAAGGAAUUCCGUCUCCAAGACAAUGACAAAUCUGUUCUUAAUCAGCAGCUCCAUGGAAAUUUCAACAAAAAGAAGCACAGCACAUGUGCAUCUCACAGGUACCAUUCUGUCUCUUCCAAAAAAAAUCCAAGAACCUUCUCUUUUGAAGAGAACUCUAGUGCUUUUCCUGGAAAGAAUUACCCAAGAUGGCUUACCAGUGGGAAGUCCAACUUAAGUGUGUCAGGGAUAAGCAGUAUCCCAAAUUCUCACUACCCCAUCUGGCUUAGCAGUCCUAACCUUUUUUCUGAUUCAGCUAAUAAAAGCAAUGGGCCAACUUUUAAAAUACGACGUGAAACUUCCUCUUCACCACAUUCAGAGAUUCUGAGCAAGAGGCACUCCACGGAUAAAGAGGAUUCCGAUGGAUUUUUUGAACACAGGGGUUGCCUGGACCUAACAGGUGAUAACGGAGUAGCAGAAAGUUGUAGCUCUGACAGUCCAGACUCCUGCUUCCAAUUUGGUGACUCCUUUUUGAGACGCACAAAACAGCCAUUCAGAGAAGACCAACUCGAGCUCCUUCUCUUGAAGGCAGAGGAAUCUCUGGAGACUUCAACUGACGAUUUGUCAAAUGCUCUGAAAAAUGAUGACAGUCCGUCUACAACAGAUAUACUGGAAGCAGAAAGAUCAUGGGAAAAUAUCCCAGUUGCUUUCAAAUCACCCGUGCCUGUAUGCAGUGAGGACGAGGAGGAUAUUCUACAGCUCUCCAAGGCAGCUAUUGUUCAUGAAUUCCUAGAAGACUGCAUAAAAAACAAAAAUAAGCUUUCUGAAAAAGUAGGUGCUGAAUCAGAACUGUGCGACAGGGAGAUGAUCCCUGUUACUAAUUCUCUUCAGAAGGCUUUGCACCAUUUGUCUCGUCUUAAAAGCCUUGUUGAAGAUACCAGCAACAAGCAGGAGCAAACUGAUGAUCACCAAGAAGAUGAACAAAAAAUGAGCAAUCUGUGA